AUGAUCUACAAGUGGUGGCACCGUUUUGUUCGUAAGAGAACAAAACCCAUACCAGAAGAAACAGCUGUAUUAUGGAAAAGACGGCUUAGUAUAGCUUAUGGCUUAGUAGCUUGGAAUGCAUUUGGAUUAGUAGUUUACAAUGUUUACAAAGGAAAAGCUGAUUGGGCUCAUUAUUAUGGUAUAAAAUCUGAUGAAGAGCAUUCAACUCCGCCAGGUGCGGCAUGGGCUAAUACAUUAGGAAUAAAAAACGCCAAAGUCUACAGGAUAGCCGGUUUCAAGAAGGUUGAUGAAUAUGAAAUUGUAGAUGGAGAAGCUGUAUUUAAGGAUAUAGAAGUUAAUAGUGAAAAUGAAGAAACACUAAAAGAAUGA